AACGUUUCUCUACUAACGUUAUUGGCUCAAUAACAAUAGUAGGGGAUGUCGCGAUAAUCGAUAUGCAACCAGUAUAUCGUAAGCCCCCAGUUCUAUUACUUCUUGUGUGUAACAUUUUAAGACAAAUGUGUUAUCCAAAUUCCUAAUUUUUACUAAAAGUCUUGUACUUAAUUAGAAACUACUUAAUUUAAAGCCAAACUAGUAUUUGCUAUUAUAUUUUUGUACCUAAUGGAAAUAAUCAAAAAAUCAACUGAGGUGGACCAAGAUGACAUCAAAGCCCUGGCCUCUAAGGGCAUUGAAAUUUGGGGAGUAGCCCAGGAAAGCCUUGAAAAUCAAGCCUUAAAGGAAUUGGAAAUAUUUGUUGAAGAAAAUAAGACAAAACAACAAAGCACUCUUGAUCAAACCACUGUUGGUAAUCUAGCUUUUUACGAGUCCAAUUUGGAACAUAAUUUUUCCAAAAAUGUGGUUAACAACAAGUCACUCUCAGAUGAUGAAAUAUCACCAGAAGAUUCUGAUUACAUUCCAGAUGAAGUAGAAGGAACUGAUGAUGACUAUCAACCUGAUCCAAUUAAAUAUAUUAAGAUUCACAAAAAAUCAAAAAAACGUCAACGACAAAGAGCAAAAAAAAAAGGUAUUACCAGCAGUGAUGAUGCGCUUGAUAAAAACUAUAAGGCUCGCUUGGAUUUAUACUAUAAAAGGCUUGAAACUGAAAUGCAAAGUCUAGCAGUGCAGACCAAUAAAAAUAAAAAAGAUUAUAUAAAACUGAAAGGAGGCCUUAAAGUGCCUAAAGAUGUGUGGGAGAAGCUGUAUGAAUAUCAGAAGGAAGCAGUUUAUUGGCUAUGGGAGCUUUAUCAGAGAUUAACAGGAGGUCUUUUGGGAGACGAAAUGGGGCUAGGAAAAACUGUUGAAACCAUAGUAUUUCUGCAUGGUUUACAAUACUCUAGUAUCAUUUCAAAAUAUGGGCACUUUACAGGACUAGGUCCUAGUAUAAUUGUUUGCCCAGCAACAAUAAUACAUCAGUGGGUAGAACAGUUUCAUGUUUGGGCCCCAGAAUUCCGAAUAGUAAUUUUACAUCAGUCGGGCACCUUUCAAGGAUACAUGCCUAACCUAAUCACGAAAGCACAUAAGGAGAAGUGUAUUCUAGUAACAACUUAUGCUGGUAUUUUAAAAUAUAAGGCGCACAUUUGUGAGUACCACUGGCAUUAUUUAAUUCUUGAUGAAGGUCAUAAGAUAAGAAAUCCUGCAGCAAAAGUGACUGUUGCCAUUAAAGAAAUAAGGACUCCUUAUAGAAUUUUGCUCACCGGAAGCCCUAUGCAAAAUAAUUUAACUGAAUUAUGGAGCUUAUUUGAUUUCACCAAUCCAGGAAUGCUUGGAAAUUUACAAAUUUUUACUGAAUAUUUUGCCAAUCCUAUUUUGCAUGGAGGAUUUACCAAUGCCACCCCAAUACAAGAAGCUACUGCUUUAUCCGUAGCUUCAACGUUAAAAAAUGUUAUUAGUCCGUUUUUGCUCAGGCGAAUGAAAAGUGAAGUUAGGGACGAUAUACAUUUACCUUACAAAAGUGAGCAGGUGCUAUUUUGUUCACUUACUGAACAACAGAGAGAUUUGUAUAAGGACUAUUUGAUGAGCGAACAGGUGAAUAAUAUACUUGGCAGGGGGGUCAAGCAGUGGAGGAGUGAUAAUUUUUUAAGGGCCAAUAUGUUGAUGGCCAUUACUGCUUUAAGAAAAAUCUGUAAUCAUCCUGAUUUGUUUUUAAAUGACGAUAGACCAAAUGAAGACUCUAAUUACAAAAACUCUGGAAAAAUGGUUGUAGUCUCAGCUUUGUUAAAAAUUUGGAAAAAACAGGGACAUAGGACAUUGCUCUUUUCACAAGGCAGGGCCAUGUUAAACAUUUUUGAACGCUUUCUAGAUAACCAUGGGUAUAAGUACUUAAAAAUGGAUGGUGCAACUAAUAUAUCAUCCAGGCAUAGCAUGAUAGAAAAAUUCAACCAAAAUCCCUCUUAUGAUGUAUUUUUGUUGACAACUAGAGUAGGUGGAUUGGGAGUAAACUUAACUGGGGCCAACAGGGUAAUAAUAUAUGACCCAGAUUGGAAUCCAGCUACAGAUAUGCAAGCAAGAGAAAGGGCCUGGAGAAUAGGGCAAGAAAAAUCUGUAACUAUUUACAGGUUAGUUUGUGCAGGUACUGUUGAGGAAAAAAUGUACCAAAGGCAAGUGUGGAAGCAGCUGUUAAGCAAUAAGGUUCUUAUAGAUCCUACAACUAAUAAAUUUUUUAAAUCUUCAGAUUUAUUUGACUUAUUUUCAUUGCCAGAGUCAACAAAAUCGGAGACGGCCAAUAUCUUUACAGAAUCUCGAGUUAGGAUACAGAAGAAAAUUAACGAAAAGGGAAAGAUACAUUUUUCUGAGGGUAAGGUAAAAGAGAUGACGGAUUUAGCUCAAAAAAUAGCCAAAAGUAUAACAAAAGAAGAUUUAGUUGUGAAGAAGAAUGCAUACGAACAAGAAUUAGAAGAGAAUAGACAAAAGCGAUUAGAAUUGAAACAGAAAUUAAAGAAAUUAACUGCGCCCGAACUGAUGGAGUAUAACAGAAAAAAAGCUUUACAGGAGGAAAAUGAUCAAAUUAACCAAAUCGAUAAUAAAGUGACAGAGGCAAGCUUUGAUGAAGCCUUAGAACGGAGUUCUAAAAUGGCCAAGCUUUACCAUAAAAUGGUUCAUGGCGAAAUAAAAUGCAAAGUAAUCAAUGAAAUGAAAUCCAAUAGCAUUCCAAACAAACGCAAACGUAAAGAAUUGUCAGUUGAUACUUCUGGUAACAUUGAUGGUGAACAAGUAGAAGGACUUGUAAAACGUGAAACUAAGAAAUAUUCGUGUAAAAAAGCAAAACUGUCAACCAAAAGCUCAGAUGAUUAUAUUUUGGAGCAUCUGUUAACAAGAAAGGGGGUUUCGGACGUAUUGGAGCAUGAUUCUGUAUUAAAUGGGGGUAAGAAGAGGCAGACUCUUAAGGAUAGGACUCUAGCAGAUGAAAAAGCGUCUGAAGCGUUAGAUGCCCUAAAGAAGUCGAGGGUAGACAAAUGGAAAUGGUAAUUAAGUUUUGAAACUUUUUUUGUGAUAUUUUUGCUUAUGCUAGCUGGUAAGAUUUUUAAUUAUUUUUUUAGUAUUUAUUGUUUCAGGCAAAAUAAAUAUGUUUUUCAAA